UUCUUUUGGUAAUUCGUAGAGAGCAUGUCGUCGUGCGAGCCUAAGGCUGCCACAAUCAUCCAUAGUAACACAACCCCACCUACCCAGGUACUAAUUAGGUACACCACAACACCCACAACCACUGCAGCCUGUGUACGUAUAUACACAUAUAAGUAUAUAUCCCAACGACCAUACCAAUCACCCACCCACCCAAACAAAAACAAAAACAAAAACCAAAAAAACCAAAAAAAUGCCACCACCCAACUACCAACACGACACCCUCCCAAACCCAACCCGCCAAGAACUCCUCUCCAUCCUCCAGAUGAUGCUCCCCGUCUUCGGCGGCACAAGCAUCCAGGCCAACGCCGUCUACCCACACGACAUCCACGACCUCUCCAGUCCGCAGUACGAGCGCCUGGCCGACCGGCUGCACGGCCUGUGCACAGCCGAUCGCUCGAUUGUGUGGUGUCGGGUGCGUGAUCUUGCGUGUGGGGGGAGGGUUGUUGGGGCGGCGCAGUGGUGUUUUUAUGAUGGGGAUGGUAUAGGGGAGGGGGGGGAUGGAAGUGUGGAGGAGAGGGUGGAGGAGGCAACGGCGAGGCUGUUUGAUGGGCCGGAGACGGCGGAUGAUACGUGGGAGAGUGCGGGGGAGAAGGCGUGGGCGAGGGCGGUGUAUGGGGUGUUUAUACGGUCUAGGUGUGAGGUUUUGCGGAGGGAGGCGCGGCCGGUUGUGGGUGAGUUGGCGUUUGUUGCUGUUGUCGCUGUGUCUCAGGGGCGGCCUACUACUGUCUGUCUGUCUGUCUGUCUGUCUGUGUACUGCAACUUGAGAUGCUGGGCGACAGCUUGCUGAUUGUGGAGCAUAUGCACAGUGCUGGAUAAAAUGGCCAUCACACCGGAGUAUCAGCGGAAAGGCGUGGGGAGGAUGCUGAUGCAA